AUGUUUAUCAACAUGAUGAAGCUUGCCCUCGUGUCAAUGAUGUUCAUACUCUCCGCGUCUGCUGAGACCGGCCUCCGCGGUAGCGCUGUCGAAGACGCUGAAAUCACGCACGGACAACGUGAACUCACCGGUGUGAUCGGUUCUUGCCGCUACAAGUACCAAAAGUACAGCUGGAGCAAGUUUAAGUUUGUGACCAAGGACAACGAUCGUUGCGUUGAAGCCAUGACCAUUGGGCUAACCUUCUCCGACACUAGGCAGUUUCCCGGCACUUGGCCCUUCAGCAACGGUCGAAUCAAGAAGGACGGACAGUGCCAGGCGGGUGGAUGCCAAGACAGGAGCGAUAUUGGUGAUGGUUCUUGCAGCCUCGCGGAUACCACCGGGUAUUUCAAUAUCCACACUUGCAAGUAG